GAAAUAGAAAUAGAGACACCCUGCCGUAGGCAAGUGGUGUGCCGUCGACCUAACCCCACUUUCCCGUUAGGGGAAUCCCUGUCUCCCGUGUUGGUCGGUCGUGCUCGGUCAAGGCAAAUGUAACGACCGCUCCCAACAUCAUUAACGCUUCUAUGGUGGUGUCCAUCCGUGAGGCUGACUAUGAACACAUGCAACAGUGUAACAACAACAGCUAUAACAAGAUCGCAACCUCAGCGCUUGUGAUGAUCUGUGGUCAACAGCCGUCAUUGAUGUGUGAGGCCUACGUCUUCCUUGUUGCAAGUCGUGGUGCAACAAUCCCGUACAGAUGCAAGCACAGCUGGCGUUGCUUAGGGCACGUGCGCUAGUACCCACGCAAGCUGAUACGGGAGCACGUUGAUGACGUCGGGUGAUGCGCCAUGGCGAGAGUGCAUCAUGUGCAGCAGAGCAGCAUGACCGCGACGACCAGCAGCAGGCGUUCAUGCUGUACGCGCAGCUCCUGCUAGCAGAGGCCGCCGGCGUCCGUCAGCCCCCCGUGUGCUCGGUGCUCACCGGCAAAGCCGGCAGCGGCAAGUCGCGGGUGCUGCAGGCAUUGCUGUGGUUUGCAUACCAGCAUCGCUGCGAGUCUCUCAUUGCCCUCGUGAGCUACACGUGGCGCGCCGCGCUGCAUUUGCCACAGCCACGGCACGUGCCGCUAUAUAGCGGUGCUGCCGAGGAGAGCUUGCGGCGGCUGCUGGCGCCAGGCGCGGGGGACGGUGGGGCCAUGGAGCGCCAGAUCCGGCAGCUGGAGCAUCCGGAGGGCAGCAUGAACCUCAUGGGGCGGGAGCUGUGGAAUAUGGUGCCGUUCGCGUUCGUUCUCACUCACCAGCAUCGGCAGCAAGCAGGCGUACGUAGGUGACAGCGACGAACCUCUCUUCAUGCUAGCGGAGAAGUUUGGUGGCGUGCAGGAAAUCUCUCAGGCAGACCUGGACACAGCGUGCCAGCAGCUCAAUGCUCGUGUUUGGCAGCCCCCGAAGCCAGGGAUUGACCCCGUGCCCCAGCCCUUUGCAGUUGUCCAGCGCCAUGUCGUGCGGGUUCCACUGGCAUUGCAGCUCGUGCAGCUGCAUGCGCUCGCGCAGCGUCAGCAGCUGCUGCUGUGGCGUAGCGCGGACUUGUCGCCUGACGGCAGCAGCUUACCUAUUUCGCAUGUGCAUCAAUUAGAGGCGCUUGGCGGGGCCGAGGAUGAUAGCGGUGUGCCCGCUGUGUGCGCAUUCUUUGCUGGUAUUCGUUACGUGUUUACAUCAAAUGAGCAUGUGCGUCUGUAUCACAUCAACAACAACAGUGCCACAGGCACCGGCAUUGUUCUGCAUCCCAACGAGCCACCAUUGCCAGAUGCAAGCAUUGCCCCCGUGCAUGUCCUCAAGUUCGUGCCCUCGGCUGUAAUGGUGCGCCCCGACGGGCCUGAUGCGGGUCGGGUGUCUGUUGAUCAGGCCCUGGAUGUCGGGGAGAUUCCUGUUUUACCGUGCAGUGCUAUGUUCACAUCGCAGCAUGCAACCCUGCGGUUGCCUGUGAUGCGCUGGGGCUUUCGUGUGGAGCUUGCGUAUGCAGUCACCGAUUACUUUGCGCAGGGGCAAACUCUGCCACCGCACGAACUGUGGCUGGUGGAUAUGUGCAAACCGCAGCACGGUAGUUGGCGGCGGGCUUCCAUUUACGUAAUGCUCACCAGGUUUCGUGGGUUGCAUGCCUUGCAUUUAGUGCGCCCGCUGUGGGCCUCGCGGGCAGAAGAGCGCCGGGUUAAAAAGGCGCUGCGUACCAUGCUAAUGCCCGAGACAGAUCUAGCUGCAGAAUGGCAGCGGUUAUUGAGACUCUCGCA